GCAGGAAGAGCUGUGUAUGCAGAGGCAGGACGAAGAGGCUUAGCGGGGCUUUAAGAGGCUGAGAGACGGUACCACAGGUGAGGCUCUGCGGGAGAGGAGAUCGCAAAGUUCACUUUAGCUCCAGUUGCGAUGGAGGACAGUGACCAUGAGGCUCACUUUUCAUCAGAUGAGCAUAACUCCUGCCCUGCCUCCCCUAAACACAGCAUACCAGACCAUGAUCUCAAACAGCAUUCAGGCCAUUCAAACGACUCCGAGGUGGAGAACAUUAUGCAAGACCCUCACCACCAAGGAGGGCACGACCACCAUGACCACAAGCACCACCUCCAUCAUGGCCAUGAGCCUCACGAUGCAGGCAGGGAGGCUGAGGGCGAAGACCGCCCCCACACCCCGUCAUAUUUGCGUCCCCCUGUGGCAGGCAGGGCUCAGUCGGAUUCAGGUUCAGAACCCUGUUUACCGCAGAGCAAGAGUGUGGAGUUUGACUUGCCGUGCCCCGUCAGCCCCCCCAGACCCAAGAGUCCCUGGGCUCGAUUUGACCCGUACGACAGUAAUGAGGACCAGGAUAAGGAAUACGUGGGCUUUGCGACGCUGCCGAACCAGGUGCACCGUAAGUCAGUAAAGAAGGGAUUCGACUUCACGCUCAUGGUGGCAGGGGAGUCUGGCCUGGGAAAGUCCACCCUGGUCAACAGUCUCUUUCUCACAGAUCUUUACAAAGAUAGGAAGCUGCUCAAUGCUGAAGAGCGAAUAACACAAACAGUAGAAAUCACCAAACACACAGUGGAUAUAGAAGAGAAGGGGGUCAAACUAAAGCUCACCAUCGUCGACACACCCGGGUUUGGGGAUGCUGUAAACAACACUGAAUGCUGGAAGUCCGUGGCUGACUACAUCGACCAGCAGUUUGAGCAGUACUUCAGGGACGAGAGUGGCCUCAACCGGAAGAACAUCCAGGACAACCGCGUACACUGCUGCCUCUACUUUAUCUCACCCUUCGGUCAUGGCCUUCGGCCUUUGGAUGUGGAGUUUAUGAAAGCUCUACAUGAGAAGGUUAACAUCGUCCCCAUCCUGGCAAAAGCAGACACACUCACCCCUAAUGAGGUCAAGAAAAAGAAAAUCAAGAUCCGAGAGGAGAUUGAGCAAUACGGCAUCAAGAUUUACCAGUUCCCAGACUGUGACUCUGAUGAGGAUGAAGACUUCAAGCAGCAGGACCAUCAGCUGAAGGAAAGCAUCCCAUUCGCAGUGAUCGGCAGCAACACGGUGGUGGAGGCCAAAGGAAAGAGGGUGCGAGGCCGACUCUAUCCCUGGGGCAUCGUAGAGGUGGAGAACUCGGCCCACUGUGACUUUGUGAAGCUGAGAAACAUGCUUGUAAGGACGCAUAUGCAAGAUCUGAAGGACGUGACCCGGGAGACUCACUACGAGAACUACAGAGCUCACUGCAUCCAGAGCAUGACCCGCAUGGUGGUCAAGGAACGCAACCGCAAUGGAACAGAAAUGAACAGGAGAACUGAGCAGACAUUUCAACAGCGUAAACUCACCAGAGAGAGCGGCACAGACUUCCCCAUCCCCACAGUGCCCGGAGUGGACGAUGAGACAGAAAAGCUCAUCCGAGAGAAAGACGAGGAGUUGCGGCAGAUGCAGGAAAUGCUGCAGAAGAUCCAGGAUCAAAUUCAAACUCAGAAAGAUGGCUAUUAACACAGGACAGUGUCUCUCUGUUGGUGGGAUUAAAGGAUUAAAAAAAACACAAAACCUUUUGUCCCUCUUCAAGAACAUUGACAUCCCUCUCUGUCCACCCGCCUCCACCUCAUCAGCGGCACGAUUCUCUCGGAUCAGGGACCUGCGAGGAGGCGGUGAGAUGUUCUCACAUCAGCGUUUUCCUUUAUCCUCUCUGACUUAUCACUGCCGCCAAACACUCCACCCUCUGCUGUUCUAUCAAAAAUAAUUUUGACUACCGUUUGUAGAAUACUCGUAAAUGAUAAGGAUGGUUAAAUAGCAGCGUAUGUUGUGGUCAGACUUUUUAAACAUCAGAUUUUUUUAGCCACAUGAUCACAGGGUUGUUUUAUUUUACUUUUUUUUUUACAUGAAGUCUGAUUUGAGGUUUACAUGUGGUGACCUGCUCAGAUUUGGUGCAAGUGUGUUUUUCUCAUUAUCUAUAGGUCAACAUGCAUACUAUUAAUAAUUUAAUUUUCUUUAUCAAACUCAUAAAGAUUUGUUCUUCCAUUUCUUUAACUCUCUUCUGUGUUCCUGGUUUUAUUUGGACUUCACUGCCUGAUAGUAUGUAUGGUUGAUUGUUUUAUGUACAUUUCCCUUCAGCUGAGGUUCCUGAUGAUUCAUUUGGUUUAAGGAUUGUUUUGGUUUUAAUUUAGUUUUAAGUGUCUGCAUGUUUUUCAUAGGUUCUGCCUGACAUCAUGGAUGCUCAAUGCUGGCCAGUCUUAACGCACUGCAACGCUUACUGAUUGCCAUAUCAAUGUUUAAAAUAAUAUCACUUUUUACAUGGCAAAUGGGUCCUUUAUUAUUUGGAGAAUCCUCCCAAAAAAGAGUUGUAUCAAAGUGAUGUCCUCUCGCGAUAAAACCACCACCAGUUCACAUGAGAGCUGAUGUCCGGAUUUUGAAUAUGAGACUUGCAUGAGGUGAGUGUUCAAGGGAAGGGCCAUGCAGUGUAUUUAUUUUUGCAUGUGUUGUGUGAAGGUUUCUCUGAUGCAGAUCAAUUAAGUGAUCGUAAGGUUAUUUAUGGGCAAUGAAAAAAGAUGUAGCUACUUAGUUGUUGGGGAAAAUAUAUUGAAAAGAGGUGGUUUUCCGUUUGGUAUAAUGUUGUCCUUAAGGGAACUCAUGAGUUGGAUGUGUGCUAUCCCUAAUGUUUAUCUUUUUAACCAAAGCCAACAAUGACCAACUUCAUUUUCCAACAUUUUAAUUUUGUGUUGACAUGAAGAAUUUGACUUGUCAAAGCCAAGAGUAAUGAACAAAGUUAUUGGAUAAACUUGAUUCUCUUGUUAUAUGUUUCUUUGUGACCCCUUUAUUGGAACUGAUAUAACUCCACCAUGUUGCGUGAGCUUUAUGUAAAAAAAAAAAUUACAUUCCUCAAAUUCUGUCCCAGAGUCAGGUAUUGCUAUUGUUUCUGAAUUUGUUUUAUAUUAAAUUUGUCUUUUGUUAUUCUACUUUUUGGAGUAUAUUUAUGUAAUAAAAUUAUAAAUGAAAUGAGGAUGGAGAAGACAAUAUGUACAAAUUCUAAUAUUGUAAUAAAAUAUGAAUAUAAUUUCAUGUCUCCAUCUGACAUUGGGUUUUGCUUUUGUGUUAUGAAAAUGUAAGCAGAAGUGAAUGAUAUGGCUUGAUUUUAAUAAAUAAUUUAACCUGUAA